CUUCCUCCAAUUAUGGAAAAAAGUCUGGUUUAUCAUUUUCAGGGAAAAGUACUGUUUGCAAGUGGUAGUCCGUUUGCGAAUGUUACUUAUAAAGGAAGAACGUACAAGCCAGGUCAAGGAAAUAAUGCGUACAUUUUCCCUGGUGUUGGCCUUGGCGCCAUUCUUUUCCACAUGCGCCACAUCGAUGAUGAAACAUUUUUGAUUGCUGCAAGGGAAGUGGCAAACUGUGUAGGCGACAAAGAUUUCAAAGUUGGACGAGUGUAUCCGAGACUGAAUCGAAUCCGUGAAGUUUCAAUUAAAAUUGCAGUUGCUGUUGGUGAACAUGGGUAUCAGAACGGGACUGCAGCACGAUAUCCAAAACCAGAAGAUAUGGAGCAGUUUGUGCGUUCACAGAUUUACCAAACUUCAUAUGACGAACUCAUCAAUGUCACAUACGAUUGGCCAUCCCAGGAUAUGAAGCAUGGUUUCCCGGUUCCAGUUGUUCGUCGGGAAAGCGUAGACGAGUAG